AUGACCUCGAUCCAGUUCCGCCCACCGUACACGCAGGACGAGCUCGACAAACUCUACCCCAAAGACCUCGAAUUGCGCCUCGUCCAAGUCCUCCUACGUCAUGGAGAACGCGCUCCCGUCUCAGCGAGAUUUGGAAACGCAGGAUUGCCAGCGUACUGGCCCUACUGUAAUGCGGCGCAACGCCUGCGCUCCGUCGCCAUGACCCCGCAAGACGUGUCACAGUGGAACUCUCUACAGUGGCGGAGAAGACUCGAGCGGUUUGGCGAGGAUGAUGGGCCGGUCAUCGCGGCGGGACCCAAGGGACAGGUUGACGGGGUCUGUCAACUAGGCGAACUCACCGACGCUGGUCGGCAAUCGACGUACACGCUCGGUACGCGUCUGCGCACCCUGUACGUGGACCAGCUCCGGUUCAUGCCCUCCCUCAUCGCCAACGCCGACCUGAUCUACCUGCGCUCGACGCCUCUUCCCCGCGCGCUGGAGUCGGUCCAGCAGACCUUCUGGGGCAUGUACCCUCUGACGUCCCGCACGGCGGCGUUCCCACCACCGACGAUCGUGACACGCACUCCGGCCGACGAGACGCUGUUUCCCAACGACGGCAACUGUCGAAGAUUUGCGCAGUUGAGCCGGGCAUUCGCCCAACGCACGGCCGACCGGUGGAACGACUCGGACGACAUGAAAUACCUGACGAAGCUGAUGGGGAAAUGGAUGCCCGAGAACAGCGACAAGAAGAUCGCGGUCGACUCGCACCCGCGUCUCUCGGGGAUCAUGGACACCAUAAACUCGACUCUCGCCCACGGGCCCGAGACCCGUCUCCCCAAGGAGUUCUACGACACCCGCGCCCGCGAGAUCAUCGACCGCAUCGGCGUGGAGGAGUGGUUUUCCGGGUACAACGAGAACCGCGAGUAUCGAAUGUUGGGCAUAGGGGGCCUGAUUGGCGAUAUCGUGGAGCGGAUGACCUCGAAGAUCGAGGGCGCGGGUCUCUCGAUCAACGAGAUCGGAGGCGAGAAUGGACAGUUGGGCAUGGGUCGCGGCGGUGAGACGGGCAUCAGGUUCGCGCUGAGCGGCUGUCACGACACGACGUUGGCGGGCGUCCUGACGAGUCUGGGGGCCUUUGGCGGGGAGAAAUGGCCGCCCUAUACGAGUCACAUCGCCUUUGAGCUUUUCAGGGAGAAGGACCCUGGAGAUGAGGCCAAGGGACAUUCGCCCGACGCAGACUUCCUCACGCCCACCACACCGGCGAGCACCGAACCCAAGAGCCAGGCCGCGACACCAGGAUUCUUCGCCUCCUUCCUGGGGCUGCGAUCGCCGACCAGCAACGGGAGCUUUAGCGGCUCGAGAGACGCGUCGUCGGCCUCGUCGUCUUCGAGCCCGCUCUCCACGCCGUCCCUGUCCCGCUCGUCCACGCUCUCCCCCUCGGUGCCGCCCAAGGACCUGAUCGCGCGCACCCCCCACGCGGAGCUGUCCGAGUCCCAAAAGCGCCGUCUGGACGGCUACUACGUGCGGAUCCGGUACAACGACCGCGUCAUGAAGAUCCCGGCCUGCGCGCAGCCGGGCAACAACUACCGCGGCGACGAGUCGCUGUGCACGUUCGAGGCCUUUAAGCGCGUCGCCGACGGCUACGUCCCCAAGAACUGGAAGGUCCAGUGUGGCCAGAACAUCGUCGACGGCGGCAGCAAGGGCGGCUUGGUCAGCGCGCCGGGUCUCGACCAGCCUGCCCAGUUGGCCGGGCAGAUUGAGCAAGGUUCAUGA